CCUGCGUCAGGCACCCAUACAUACCACAUGUCUACCUACCUACUUAUGGGGGUACUGUGAAUAAAGAAUCAAAAAAAGAGGACCCUUCACUCUACAGGAACGUGUUUGCCUAGCAUUACUAGAAACUCUGUCUUUGACUUGACAGUACUUGAACACACUCUUGCCCUAACUCUCUCUCUCUCUCUCGCUCUCUCUUUGUGUCUUCAAGACUUUUCAUACCAUCAUUCACCGCAUGUUCCCCUCAGGCUCCUAGGAAUUCCUCGUCAUGUUCGGAAUCAUAGCAGACUUCAUCUCCUCCAUAACCACAUUCCUCCUCCCCGCCUACCUCUCAUACAAAGCCCUACGAACCAACGACCCGGCCCAGACUCACCCAUGGCUGAUCUACUUCACCAUCCUCAACCUCACCCUCCUCUUUGAAUCGUGGACCAUCUUCAUCAUCGGCUGGAUCCCCUUUUACUCGUGGUUCCGCCUCUUUUUUCUCCUGUACCUCGUGCUCCCUCAGACCCAGGGUGCAAAGAUCCUCUACCUCGACUACCUCGAACCCUACAUCGUCGGUCACGAGACUCGCAUCGACCAAUUCAUAGGCGAAGCCCACGAGAGACUUCAGCAACUGGGGUUGGGCUACAUCGGCGUUCUGAUCGAAUUCAUACGGGACAAGGUGCUCGGUCAAAAGAGUCCGCAGGGCGAACAUGCCCCGCGACAAGGAGCAGGAGCUGGCUACGCCGGCUACGCACAAGAUCUGCUGUCCCGAUUCGCCAUGCCGGGCGCACGCACGUCGCAGCCCAACCCGCCCGGGACGUCGUCUGCGAGUGUGUACGGCAUGAUGUCGACCUUUGCCGGUGCGGCGUUCGCGGCGUCGUCUUCCCCCCGCUCCUCCUCCGCGGCCCGAGAGGCGGCGUCGAUCCCCGGGUCGCUGUUGGACAACAUCCCCGGAGGCAACACCGCCGAGAAACAGACGUUCGUGUCGGCGCAGCGGGAGAGGUUGUCGAACAUGCUCAAGGCGCUGGACAAGGAACAACAGACGCUCGACCUCGCGUACGGCUCUGCCCCGGGCCAGCAACGCCCACCGAGCUCUGGAGGCUUGAAGACCAAAUCCCGAAGUGAGGUGUCGUUUGAGAAUGUGGAUUACGACGAAGCGACGCAGCACACCCCCGGAUCGACGCCGCCUCGACCCGUGACCGACGGUCGCCGCACCACGAGUGGGAACUGGUUGCCUUCCGGUGUGGGUGGAUGGUUCGCGGGAAGCGGUGGUAGUGGUGCUGCCACGAGCAGCGGCAACACCCACGGCGAUGAACGUAGCGAAAGAGAAAGAAUCAUAUCCAAGGGAUGGUCGGCCGCAAGAGACAUGACCGAGGAGAUUACAAGAGGCAUGAGCAGUGGUGUUGACAGGUAAUGAUGAUCAGCCAUGGGCGUGAAGAAAUGACCAUGAUCAUGAUGGUUGAAUAGCUACGCCAGAGACUCGCGAGCUACCGUCCUCCCUGAAGAGUUCGAUGUCGAGUCUCUACAUGACUCCAUACUGAAGCUACACUUUGACCAAAAUAAAUACAAGAGUUUCCAAAGAUAGCAGACGAGCUCAGCGCUCAAUUUCACUCACUA